UUCCGGUUUGGUUAUGCCUUUGGUGUGUCCAGGACAUAGUCGUGGAAUUGUUGAACUAGAAUAUAGUCCAGUCACUGUCGAUGGAUAUUUUCUUAUUAGCGCUUGCUUGGAUGGUUAUCCUAUGUUGCGGGAUGGGGCAACAGGUAAUUGGUUGGGAACUUUUACAGGACAUAAAGGAGCUGUGUGGACUGCUUCCUUAAACAACACUGCCACUUUAGCAGUUACUGGAGGGGCUGAUUUUACUUGUAGGAUAUGGAACGCUCUCAAUGGACUUUGUCUGAGGACAUACUCUCUAUCGCAUAUCUGUCGUGCCGCAUCGUUUUCUGAGGAUAGUACUAAAGUACUUGUCGGAGGCAAUAUGAAGACUAUACAUGUUUUUGAUUUGACUGGAGGAGAAAAACCAGAGCCUAUUUCAGUUUUGGAAGGCCAUAAAGGAAUCGUUAGAUUUGCUCGGUUCUUUGGAAGUGGACAUAACUUAAUAGUGAGUGGAGGAGAUGAACCUUUUCUUAUAGUUUGGGAUAUUCGUUCAGGAAAGCCUAUACAAAAGCUAGAAUUGGAUACCAGUGAUAUUAAAUCUGCACAAAUAUCCAAGAUAGGAUCAACUUCGAUGUUAAGUGCGGUGGCUGCAAAUGGUUUGCAGUUUUGGGAUUUGGAUCACUUUUGUAAGUUAGACUCCAUGAUUAUUCCACAGGACUCCGAAUCAGCUAGUUUAAGUGGAAAUCAUGUUGUUGUUAGUGGUCGAGAUCUGCAAAUUAGACUCUAUGAAAGGAAUACCAAACAAUUGCUUAACACUUUUCAUGGACAUCAUGGACCGGUUUGGUGUGUUCGUUUUUCUCCUAUGGGUGAUAGUUUUGCUUCAGGUUCAGACGAUGGAACUAUUCGUUUAUGGAAUGAUGAAUAUUUACAUUUGUAAUCGUUUCUUCGUUGCUUUGGGAAAGUCGAGCGGCCCGUAAACUAUU